GUCCGGGAAGAUAUUUCAAGAGGAACAAUUAUUCUGUUCUCGAGAGGUAUGAUCGACCGCUAAAAUCUCGAAACGAUCAUCGAAAACCAUCUCCCUGGAGACUUGGCAAGCGAUAUGAUCAUAUAGUGUACUUCCAUGCAGCUUCCAUGCGCCAAUCUCGCGUCUGAUCUUGCUCAUAUACUAGUGUAAAGCCGGUACCGUUCUACGAUUCUGCUCGUCUCGCUCUGUUUCGCUUCUCCCCUAUAUCUGCUUCUCCUCCUUACCCUCUCGCUCGAUCGCUUGAUGCGUUGGACGAAGUUCUCUUCUUCUGGGCCGGUUUCCCCUAGUAUCGAGACAUGGCCUCCCUAUCCACCCCUUGGUGAGACCGAGCUGGAGAGGGCAGUCCGUCUAGAAGAGGAGAGGGAAGCUAAAAGAAUCUCCGAGUCGAUUGAUCAUGGUCUUGAAUUGGAACAGCAAGAGCUCCGCAAACGACGGAAUCAAACUAGAGUUUUGCUCUUAGGACAGUCAGAGUCGGGAAAGUCAACUGUACUCAAGAAUUUCCAGCUGCAUUUUGCACCCGAGGCAUUCCGUGCGGAAACCGAGGCAUGGCGCGCCGUCAUCCACCUCAACCUCGUUCGAUCUGUCAAUUUCAUCAUGGACGUAUUGUCAGGCCAGGAAGAGCUUCGACAGCUACGAAUGCAGUUGUCCCCCUUGCGUCAGGUCGAGAUGAUGUUGGUCAAAAGCAUGUCGGCUAGCGAUCCCUCGCAUAGUGCUUCCGUCGUAGAAGAGGCCACGCCGUGGUUCUACGGUAGGGCGUCCGAAGUGCUGGUUCGAGGGGGAUCGAGCUGGAAAGCGUUGCUGCGCCGACGGAAGGAUAAGCAAACGCGUCAAACUCGCAGCGACGACCUAGAGGUUGCCAGGCAUAUACUGCAUGCUUGCCGGGAAGACAUCGCGUCGAUGUGGUCUAAUUCCAUAGUGCAGGCAGCGCUGCUGGAAGAAGGAGUUUCUUUGCAGGAACAAGCAGGGUUUUUUCUCGACGAUGCUGCACGGGUUGCAGAUCUAGACUAUGAACCGUCACUGAGCGACAUUCUUCGCGCGCGUCUUCAGACAAUCGGAGUCGAGGAACAUGUGAUGACGGCUGAGAAGUUCGGGGAAGCUUCGCGUCAGUGGGUAUUCUACGAUGUCGGAGGAUCCCGAGGGCAACGUGCGAGUUGGGUUCCAUUUUUCGAAGAUGUGAAUGCAAUUCUGUUUCUGUGUUCGAUGGCAGCGUUCAACGAAGUACUGCUGGAAGACCGAAGUGUGAACCGUCUGCUGGACUCGUUCAAUUUGUGGAGGACGAUAUGUUCGAGCAAGCUGUUGAAGAUGACGACCUUCGUCCUCCUACUCAACAAAAGCGAUAUAUUGAAAGCGAAACUGGAGACUGGCAUCUCUUUCGUGCGCUACGUCAAGAGCUACAAGGACGAGCCGAACGACUAUGAACACGUCUCCGAAUAUCUCCAGCGUAAAUUCAUCGCAUACCAUCGACAUUACUCUCCCAACCAAAGGCAGCUGCACGUACACGUAACAUGCGCGAUUGAUAUAGACACUACAGCCACCGUAAUCACCCGUAUUAGGGAUGCGAUAAUCGUGAACAAUCUAAUCUCAAGCGACUAUUUAUAGGUCCGAUCUAGACGAUAUUUUGGCGCAAACCCUACAUCCCCCCACCCUCCCCUAUUGUACAAAUGUCACUAUUGGCGACUCACCUUACAUCUGUUAUUGCGGCCCGCCUGUACCAUAUAGCGAAGUUCCCAUGGUCGGGCGAUAAAUAAAACAGCACAUUCAGGAUUAAGC